AUGGGACACGCUUACGCCUAUACCACUCUACUACUAACAUCCAGUUAUCUUCCUGGAACACUAGCUCUAUGCCAGUCGCUCCGGAAUAGCGGAUCUAUUAUUCCUAUAGUUCUCCUCUAUUCCAAGGGUAACGUCAAGCCAGAGAUUGUGCAACGGUUGACCGAUUCUGGUUUAUUUUCGCAGAUGCUUAACGUUGACAAUGAUAUCAUUGUCUCAAGAAAUCGAUAUGAAUUGGUGAAUUUAUUGAAGCGUUCCGAGUUGGACAAGACUUUGACUAAAUUAAACUGCUGGCGGUUAAUUAGCUAUGAAAAAAUCAUUUAUCUCGACUCUGACACUUUGGUUGUGAGAAACAUCGAUCAUCUCUUUGACUUGCAUAUCGACUCUUCACAGAUCUAUGCUGCCCCUGACUGCGGUUGGCCAGACUGCUUCAAUUCCGGUGUGUUCUUGUUUAAACCCGACUUGGAAACAUUUAGGCAGCUAAAAGAAUUCUCCGAGACUGCCGAUUCUUUUGAUGGUUCUGAUCAAGGAUUGCUGAACGAGUUCUUCAACCUCUCUGGACCUCAAAAUUACCACUGGUCCAGGCUUUCGUUUUCAUACAACUGUACAUUGAACACAAACUAUGAAUAUGUUCCAGCUCUUAUCCGAUUCCAUAAUGAUAUCAGGAUUGUUCAUUUCAUUGGCUCUUUAAAGCCUUGGAAUAAUCGUAUCUCCUCAUAUGAUUCCAAAUUAUUCAAAUUAGACCUCUAUGGCACCGGUGUUCUCAAGAAUUUCCAGCAAUUGUGGUGGGAUUGUUAUGAUAGUGUUGUUGUUGGGGACAUCAACUCCGUUAAAUUACUUGAAUUGUCCGGAAAUUUGCAACCCCGGCCUUCUUUGGAGCCUCCAAAGUCCGAAUCUGCAUCGCAGAACUUGAUCAAUCAGCAGAAGGAUCAUUCUCAAACUGAGUCUUCCCCUCAAAAGGGGGGGGCUUCUGAGAUCAACUUUCCAACCUACUAUUACAAACAGGCGGACUAUCAGAAACCACUUGAGGACCAGUCUGCAAAGGGUGAAGCAUGGAGGUUGGAUGAACCUAGAUUCAAUUUUCCGACUGACACUACUGAUUCUAUUCCUCCAGCUUCUGAAAUUACAAGCAAUAGCAAAACAACCACCAUCAAUUUUAAGUCCCCUGCUGAAGCUGAUGUUACUGCGCAUGACUACACUCAGGAUUAUGUCAAAGAUCAUCCGAUUUUCCCAUGGGAAAAAGAAGUUUCCCGUUCCUCUGCCACCAGGGUCUUCUAUAAUUCCCCUGCUUACAAGCCUCCUGCUUACACCAUUUCUAUGUACAAGGAAAAGAAGACUUUGAGUUCUCCUAGUUACACACAGAACCCUGACAAUUCUCCUAAAGAAAGAUUUGUUGGCUUCGAUGAUGGUGAUGAACUAGAACACUAUCUAGAGGCGGUGGAAAAGUUGCCAUCCGUUCAGAAUGAGGAUGAAGUUGAGGAAGAUGAGGCCAGGAUCGAAAACGAAGAGGAUGAAAGGAUUGCUACAAAUCCAGAAAUGGCAAAAGUGGAAAAGGAUCUUGAUGAUGACGACUUGAAAGAUGCUAUCUUAGAAGAGAACCAUCAAGAUCAAUAUCUGAAGGACUCGGAACAGCGAGAAGAGGCCAAUAAGCAAGUUGACGCAGUAAUUGAAGACUUAACUGAUAAGGUCAGCGCCCAAUUACAGAUUCAAUGA